CAAACUCAGAACUCUUGCAUUGACUGAAACAAGCUGCUCCAGCGCCUUUUACGCACACUUUCCCAGAGACAACAGCUCCGCGAGUUUAACCAUGAUCAAGAAAAUGUCUCCCUCCGAGAGCGAGUUCGACAUCCCGGCGAAGAACUGCUACAGGAUGGUGAUUUUAGGAUCCACCAAAGUCGGGAAAACGGCGAUCGUGUCCCGGUUCCUGAACGGGAGGUUCGAGGAGCAGUACACGCCGACCAUCGAGGACUUCCACAGGAAACUGUACAGUAUCAAGGGAGACGUGUACCAGCUGGACAUUCUGGACACAUCAGGGAACCACCCGUUCCCCGCCAUGAGGAGACUGUCCAUUCUCACAGGAGACGUGUUCAUCCUCGUCUUCAGCCUGGACAACCGCGACUCCUUCCAGGAGGUGCAGCGGCUCAAGCGGCAGAUCUACGAGACCAAGUCGUGCCUGAAGAACAAGUGCAAGGAGAACAUCGACGUGCCGCUGGUGAUCUGUGGCAACAAGGGCGACCGGGAGUUCUACCGGGAGGUGCAGCAGGCGGAGAUCGAGCAGCUGGUGGCCGGGGACGAGAAGUGCGCGUACUUCGAGAUCUCCGCCAAGCGCAACGAGAACGUGGAUAAGAUGUUCCAGACUCUGUUCACUUUGGCCAAGCUGCCUCACGAGAUGAGCCCCGACCUGCACCGGAAAGUGUCCGUGCAGUACUGCGACAUGCUGCACAGGAAGUCCCUGAAGAGCAAGAAGCUGAAGGACGCCGGCGAGGCGUACGGCGUGGUGACCCCGUGCGCGCGGAGACCCAGCGUGCACAGCGACCUCAUGUACAUUAAGGAGAAGGCGAUAGGAGGCGGCCAGGGCAAGGACAAGGAGCGAUGCUCCAUCAGCUAAGAGCACCAGUGAGAUGGAACCCGCUCGACACAGAUCUUUUGAAAGAAGAAAGACCCUCGGUGCGUCAGCUUGAGAAGCGACCAGUGCACCCAGUGCGACCAGUGCACCCAGUGCGACCAGUGCGCCCGGUGUGGAGACGCCGGGGCCGCCGCCUCCGCCGCCGCGCUCCGGCGCAGAGACACUCAGCGGACCUGCCUGUCCCGCUGCAAACCACUUUAAAAAAUACGCAUAACAUGUGCCCUGGAGACAUGUGAGAAUGUUUGCUUCUUCUGUCUGUCAGACCCAAUGUGGCUUCAUUGUGAGACUCGCGCAUCGGUGCGUAAAAGUGUGUAUUGUUGAUGUCACGCCUUUUUAGAGAGCGAACGAGAGGCUUCGGCUCAGGGGGUGCAUUAUAGCAGGGGAGCAAAAAAUAAUGUUGUUUACAUCUCAUACUUUUCUAUAAUGGCUCAGUACACUUGAAUGUUUUUGCUGUGAUCGGAACUGUUUUUUUUAAU